AUGUUGUCUCAUCUUUCGUUCUUACUUGCGCUGCCACUCUUGGCCGCAACGCAAAGUCCCAAUACUGUUAAUUUAACCGAGACUUUUCGUCCAGCCUUAUCAGACGAAGCUGAGAUAUACAGCGUCAACGACCCGAACUGGACCACGGAAACAACACAACGUUGGUCCAACUGGGAUGCGCCGACCUACAUUGGGGCUAUCAAGCCUGCAACGGAACAAGAUGUAGCCGCAACGGUGAAAAUUGCGUCCCGAUAUAAUAUCCCGUUUCUUGCCACCGGUGGUGGCCACGGUGGAUCGCAAAACUUAGCUACAGUGAAAAACGCAAUUAGCAUCGAUCUGUCAAACUUCAACACUAUACAAGUUGAUGCGGAAAACAAUACUGUAACUAUUGGUGGUGGUGUGACUUACGGUGACCUCUAUGAUCCGUUGUACAGUAUCGGAAAGGAAAUUCAUUUCCAAAAAUUCACAGCUACCGGAAAUGCACGAUGUGUCGGGGUUGUCGGCGCAACCAUCGGCGCAGGCGUAGGCUUGCUACAGGGUAUCCGUGGCUAUACAUCCGAUGCUUUGCUCCAGGUGACCAUCGUGACUGCAGCUGGGAUACCCUUUAAUGCAUCAGCUACAGAGAAUUCGGAUCUAUUUUGGGCCAUACGAGGUGCAGGAGCAAAUUUCGGCAUCAUCACAUCAGCGACGUAUGAAAUAUACGACGCGACAAAUGGUGGACACGCUCAGAACGCCAAUUUGGUGUAUCCGGCAGCGACGAAUGGGUCUAUCUGGGACAUUCUAGAGUCAUUUGAUGAGACACUUCCAGCCGAGUUAUCGAUCACUAUCGGUGUGUCAUACAACCAAACCACUCAGGAGGCCUCGAUCGGAGUAAACCUCGUAUACUGGGGCUCUCAAGAGAACUUCGCGCAAUAUAUAAACCAAUUUAUUGCACUCGAUCCAAUCUCAUGGACCAAUGAGACCUUACCUUGGAAUCACUUGACGGACGCCGCAGACCGUGAAGCAGCAUGCGUGACAGACCUACAUGUUAACUUCUACUCUAUCGCCCUGAACCAAACCAAUUCCCAGGUGUUUUACGGAUUUUUUACCGAUUUCAUCACCUUUUCCCAAGAGAAUCCCACAUACGGUGGUACUUUUGGAAUUGAGCGAUACAGUGCAGAAGGCCCAAUGUCGGCGCCUGCAGAACGACGAGGUGUUUAUCCCUGGCGAGAGACUAAAAUUAACCUACUGUUUGAGAAUAUCUAUCCGACCAAUGAGACCCUAGACACCGUAGUAGACGGUUUCUACACACAGCAACGUCAACACUUUGACGAGCUUAGUGGCUUUCCUACAUUCGCAACAUAUAUCAAUUAUGCUCACGGCGAUGAAGGACCAAAUGCAUGGUAUGGAGACGAUGAUAACUUAGAGCGUUUAAUUACAUUGAAACGGAAGUGGGAUUCGAAUAAUUUGUUUGGAGCGGCGAAGCCAAUCCCGCUGAACAAAUGA